AUGGUUGUAUCACACGUGUGUUCUUCUGUGGACGCAAUUAGGGCAUUUCUUGAACAUUUUGUUGAUCCAAUGCUGCCAGAAAAACCUUCUAUUCAAGACGAUCCUCCUCUAUCUCAACAACAGAAAAUUGCAAACCAGGUUCAUUCUGUUGUGUUACUGUACAACUAUUACCACAGAAAGCAGAAUCCAGACCUAUCAUAUGUAGGAUUUAGGGAGUUUUGUAAGUUGAUUGUUGAUAUGAGACCGGCUUUGUUGCCAUAUAUGAAAUUCACGGCAAAGCCUAAUGAAACUGACCUCGUUGAUGUGGAGGAGCAGUUGUCGUUAACUGAAAAAGCGAUCACCAGUUCUUAUGAUAUAUGUACGAUUUUAAACCCGUCGAGAAGUGUUCCUAACGUAGAGGGAUGGCCAAUUUCAAAAGUUGCGGUACUUUUAGUUGAUAGUAAGGAGAACUGUUUCUUGCGUUUUUGUUCCACAACUGGUGGAGUGUGGUCGUUGAUUGAAAAAGAUGUGGAUACCUCCGGUCAAAUUUCUGAGGUUACAAGAGAUGUCAAAUCUACAUACCAAAAGAGAAGAGUCAUUAAGAAGCCCUCAAAAGAUGGAUUAAAUGAAGGUAGGAUUUUGGAAGUUGGAUAUUCGGCUGUUAAGGAAGCUGCGGGUGUCAAUAGUAUUGAUAUAAUGCUUUUGAAAAGUUACACUGUGUAUUCCCAGAGCAAAGAGAAGACAGCUUCACGAUUUUAUAUAAUGAAGUGCUCAAAGUUGAUCAGUGAGGGGUUUGUUCAAGUUCCUAUCAUGGAUUUAGUUAAAAGCUUCCAAGGUCCUUUGGUGAAAAGAAGUUCUAGCAGUUGGAAGGUCACCCCAGUCGUCAAGCACUUCCACAUGCUCCCUUAUUCCGAAAUAAUCUCAGAAUGGAUUUCUAGCGAAACUUUCUCAAAUAGUUUGCAAGAUUCAAAGCCAGCAGAGAAACAACUCCUAACGCGUGGAGUGACAGAAUCACGUGUAAGUAAUGAGGACAUGUCUUUUGGUCUUGAUAACAAGACACGCAGUGACCCUGUUGAAGCUCUUAAUCAGAAAGGGAACAAUGGUUUCUGCUCAAAUACACGGUGUAGUACUGUCAAAAAAGACCAGGAUAUGGACAUGAACAACUCUUUAGUUUUUCGAUCUAAAAUUAAAGAAGAAUGCCAGCAGCAUAUUGCAAAUACUUUACAAGUUAGUGAAGAUCAAAAGAUAGAAAAUCCAUCAACACAACAUCAUUCAAAUGAAUGUACAAGCCCUAGCGAGGUUGAGAAGGUUGUUUCAACAAGGUUGCGCAUUACUCAGAGUGGAAUCAAAGAUAAUAUUUCUGAAUCCAUAGAAAAUUGUACUCUGAUUGCAAAUAAUUCUGACGCAGAUCCUGAGAAGGUCCAAAUUUGCAUAGAUUCGAAGGGGAAGAUGGAAGUAACAGUUGUGUGUCCUACUGUGGAUGCAGUUAGGGCAUUCCUUGAACAACUGGUUGAUCCAAUGCUGCAGGCAAAACCUUCUACUCGUGAUGAUGAUCCUCCACUAUCUCAACAGCAGAGAGUUGCAAAACAGGUGCAUUCGGUUGUGUUACUGUACAACUAUUACCAUAGAAAACAGCAUCCAGAGCUAGCAUUUGUGGCAUUUAAGGAAUUUUGCAAGUUGGCUGUGGAUCUGAGCCCAGCUUUGUUAAUAUAUAUGAAAUUCACUCAGAAGCCCAAUGAAACUGACCUUGUUGAUGUGGAACAGCAGCUGUCAUUAACGGAAAGAGUGAUCAUGAGUUCGUGUGAUAUAUGCACAUCCCUAGAUGCUUCAGAAAAUAUUCCAAAUAUAGAGGGAUGGCCUGUUUCAAAAGUUGCCGUCCUUUUAGUUGACAGUAAGAAAGAGAUUUGCUUCUUACUUUUUAGUUCUAUUACUGAUGGGGUAUGGUCAGUGAUUGAAAAAGACACGGAUUCUUCCGAUCAAAAUUCGACAGUUACAAAUGGAAUCAAACACUCAUGCAGAAAGAGAAGAGUCAUUAAGAAGCCUACAAAACACGCGUUAAAUGUUAAUGAAGAUGGAUUUUUGCAAAUUGGAUAUUCAUCUGUAAAGGAAGUCACAGGUGUCAAUAGUAUUGAUAUUAUGCUUUUGGGAAGUUACACGGUGUAUUCCCAGAGCAAAGAGAAGACAGCUGCACGUUUUUAUAUAAUGAAGUGCUCCCAGUCGAAUGCUAAGGGGAUUAUUCAUGUUCCUAUAAAAGAUUUAAUUCAAAGCUUCCGGGGUCCUUUAGUCAAAAGGAGUUCUAGCAGUUGGACAGUCACCCCAGUUGUCGAGUAUUUCCAUAUGCUUCCUUAUUCUGAAAUAAUCUCAGAAUGGUUUUCUAGAGAAACAUUCUCAAAUAGUUUGCAAGAUUCAAAGCUGGUAGACAAACAAUUUCCGAAGCUUGAAGUGACAGAAUUGUACGGAAGUAGUGAGGGCAUAUCUAUUGGUCUUGAUAACAAGCCAUGCAAUGAUACUAUCAAAGCUAUUAAUCGGAAAGAGAACAAUGGUUGUGGUACAAUUAAAUGGUGUGAAUCUGUCAAGGAAGCCAAGGAUAUGGAUGUGGACAACUCUAUAGUUUUUCCAUCUAAAAAUAAAGAAGAAAGCAAGCAUAUUGUCAAAACUUUACAUGCUAGUAAAGUUCAAAAGGUUUUAAAUCCAUCUCUGCAACAUCACUCAAAUGAUUCUAUUGAAGCUCUUAAUCAGAAAAAGAACAAUGAUUGCGGUACAAUUAAACGGUGUGGUUCUGUCAAGGAAGCCAAGGAUAUGAACGUGGACAACUCUGUAGUUUUUCCAUCUAAAAAUAAAGAAGAAUUGUAUAUUGUCAAAACCUUACAUGCUAGUGAAGAUCCAAAGAUUUUUAAUCCAUCUGUGCAACAUCACUCAAAUGAUACUACCGAAGCUCUUAAUCAGAAAGAGAAUAUUGUGUUCGGAAAACAGCGUGGUUCUGUGAAGGAAGCCAAGGAUAUGGAUGUGGACAACUCUAUAGUUUUUCCGUCUAAAACUAAAGAAAGCAAGCAUAUUGUCGAAACUUUACAUGCUAGUGAAGAUCAAAAGGUUUUAAAUCCAUCUGUGCAACAUCACUCAAAUGAUACUAUUGAAGCUCUUAAUCAGAAAAAGAACAAUGGUUGCGGUGCAAUUAAAUGGUGUGGUUCUGUCAAGGAAGCCAAGGAUAUGGAUGUGGACAACUCUACAGUUUUUCCAUCUAAAAAUAAAGAAUUGUAUAUUGUCAAAACUUUGCAUGCCAGAGAAGAUCCCAAGAUUUUUAAUCCAUCUGUGCAACAUCACCCCAAUGAUACUAUUGAAGCUCUUAAUCAGAAAAAGAACAAUGGUUGCGGUACAAUUAAACGGCUUGGUUCUGUCAAGGAAGCCACAAAUAUGGAUGUGGACAACUCUAUAGAUUUUCCAGCUAAACAUAAAAAAAGCAAGCAUAUUGUCAAAACUUUACAUGCUAGUGAAAAUCAAAAGGUUUUAAAUCCAUCUGUGAAGCAUCUCUCAAAUGGAUGUACAAGCCCUCUCAAGGCGGCUAAGAAGGUUGUUUCAACCAGGACACACAUCACUGAAGGUGGAAUCAAAGAUGCAUCUGCUUUUGAUAAGAUUUGUGCCAACACCACUUUUGGAAAUGAAUCUGUAGAAAAGUGUACCCUGAUUGAAAAUAACUCCAACAUAGAUCUUGAGAAAUUCCAAAAUUUCAUAGCUUCAAAGGGGAAUAUAUUGUCAGAAACUGCCAUCAAAGUUCUUAUUCGAAAGAGGAAUGCACUGACUCUUCAGCAGCGAACGAUAGAGGAUUCGAUUGCUGUGUGUAAUAUGAAAAUUAAAAAAUGGUUAAUUGGUGAAGAAGAUGACAUGGAAUUAAAGAUAGAAUCCAUUAUAGAUGGCUGUAAUAGUACAUGUUUAAGAAAUCAAGGAAAGGCGUGUCAAUAUCUUGAGGGUCAUCAAUGCUUACUUCCAUCUGUUAAGAGGAAAAGAUUGGCAGAGGCUGUGCUCAGUUUUCAAACUCCUUGCCAGGCAAGACAUGAACUGGAUGAUAUAUGUCACGUAAACAAUUGGAUCCUACCAACUUAUAAAUUAUCUCAAUCAGAUGGCAAAUUUCAAGCUAAUGUAAGAGUUAAAGGAUUGGACUUUGAGAAUUCAUGUGACGGUUAUCCAUGUUCUUUUCCUCAUGAAGCAAGAGAUUCAGCUGCUGCUCAAAUGUUGACCAACUUAAGAAGUAUGGCAAAAUCAGCCAUAUGA